GACACAAAUUCCAUUUUACUUUUCAUUUUUUUCCACCAUUUUUAAACUCUCGAACUCCUCGCAUUCUCUCUCCUUUCCUCCUCUUCUUCCUCCUCCUCAUCUUCUUCGUCUCGCCAGAUCUCUCUCUGUAAUUGGGGUCAAGUCCGCCGGGCAAUCCCGGCGUUUGCCCGUUCCCCGGGCAUCUCGCCGGCAAUGCCGGCUCAGAUCUACUGUCGUUAGCUUGAUGCGCGACUCCGUGUGCUCUUUCUAAUCCUCACACCAACAUUCGGCGGACGAUACCUGUAAUUGAGAGAUGGAGGUGGAGAAAAGACGGACAAAGGGAGGCUUCCUACAGUUUUUCGACUGGAAUGGCAAGUCCAGGAAGAAGCUGUUCUCAAACAGUCCUGAUAUACCUGGUGCCGAAGUAGUUAAGCAAGGAAUGGAUGAUACAGAGAUCUUGGCAAAGUCAAGGUUUCAGACGAAUGUUAUUGAUGACAAUGGACUUAGUUCAAGUAAAAACGGAAGUAGUGAGUGGAGCUGUGCAGCUUCAGAGACCAGCAAUGAAGGAUGUGAAAACAGAGCCCCCGGAGUAGUGGCUCGACUGAUGGGUUUGGAUUCUUUGCCAAAGUCAAAUGGUCCCGAGUCCUCCACAUUGUUCUCUGAAUUUCAUCAAGUCAAAGCUCCUCCUUACGGUGAUGGCACCCGUGAUUUGCGAAGUAGAUGUGAUCCGAUUGAUUACCUCAGCAGUUCUACUCUUAAGGUGCAGAACCGACCAAUAGAGAGAUUUCAGACCGAAAUACUACCUCCAAAAUCAGCUAAACCUAUUUCCAUUACCCAUCAUAGGCUUUUAUCUCCAAUUAAAGGUCCUGGAUUCAUUCCAGCCAAGAAUGCUGCCUAUGUUAUGGAGGCAGCCGCGAAGAUUAUUGAAGCUAGUCCCCAAGUUGUCAGAGGCAAAGCAUCAUCGACUGUUUCAGCAUCAGUUCCUUUAAGAAUACAGGAUCUGAAAAUGAAAUUAGAAUCUUCCUAUGAGGCAUCAAGGCAGCAGAAAGCCAGUAGUUCUGGCAGUGUCAAGAAUGCGAAAGGAAAGUCCAAUGAGAAGAGCUACAGAGUACCACAAGAUACACAGCCAUCCAGGACUGCUGUGGUAUCGGGAAAGGUAAAUUCUGGAAAUUGGAGAUCAAAGGGUAAAUCAUCUUCCCCUGCUGAGCCAGGGAAAGUCAAUGUUCAAACAAGAGAGGCAAAAAAUCAGCCCAAUAAGAAAAAUCUUGCAGUUGAGAAAGAGCAGAGUGGGGACUCGAGCCAAAUUUCCAAUGGGCUGUCUCGGUUGCAGAAGAGUUCACAGAGAAAAACUUCUACAAACCAGAUAAACACUGUGCUCAAACAAAAUAGCCAGAAGCAGAAUUCCCUGAAUGACAGACAGGGUCCAGUGUCGAGGGCUUCCCGCUCCAAACAACCAGCAGGAAGAACUCUCCCUGUCAAUGGUUCAAUCAGACCAUCUAAAACUGUGAGCAAGAUUGCGCCAAAGGCCGAUACUGGUUCCCUGACAACAUCGGCUACAAAUAUUUCCAAGGAGCUCAAAUCAUCUAGAUUCAAGACUCCCACCCGCAAAAGAAAUGCUGCAAAUUCAGAUAUUAAUUCAGAUCGAAGUGUCACCACCAAUGUUCUCAUCAACAGUGAUGGAAUGUCUGUCAAGCGAAAUACUGUCAUUGAUGGACGCGUUAAUCAGGGUGUGGAUAGCAACAAAAACAGCAUGGAUGUCAUUUCAUUUACAUUCUCUUCUCCCAUAAAGAGAUGCACUCAAGAAGCUCGUGCCUACACCAAAAUGCAUGAGAAUGGUAACUUUGAUCAUUGUUUUAAUGGCAAUAAUGGACCAUUAAAUGGUACAGAUUCCAGUUCAUCAUCUCCAAUUGGAAGUAUAUCUGAGGGAAAUAUUUUGAGUGUUCUCUUGGAACAGAAGCUCAGAGAACUAACUGACAGAAUAGACUUGUCCAAUUGCGACAUUUCCAGGGAAAAGAGUUUGUCUAUGCCUAAAAUGAGCAACCAAGAAUCAGUUGGCACACUCAACAGUGUAAGCCCCAUGGUAACAGAAAGUGAGGAAAGCUUUCAACGAGGGUUAGAUGAGUUUGUGAGCAGUCCAGUUGCUUCUGGCUGUACUUCAUCUGAUGGUCCCUCAAUUAACUCAAAGCAAGAGUGCCAGGUUGUGGAUUCCGAAGAAAUAGAAGAGUGCAGCAGUAGUGCCACCAGCUAUGGUAGUGCUGGAAAAGAAACUGACUAUGAAGAUCCAAGCCCAGUUUCAACUCUUGAAUCCUCAUAUUUGAGUGAAAGCUGCACAGAUAGCAUGAUCACUUACAGUGGUAAGAAUGCCAGGACAAAGUGGGUAACAAGAAAAGAAUCCCACUCAUUGUAUGCCGGUGGUUCGAGAAGUUGGGAACUUAAAUAUGUGGAAGAAAUAAUUGGGAAUGUAAAGCUGAGGUUAGAAGAUUUUGGGGAGACCGAGCCCAGGUUCAUAAGCAAUGGUCUCUUUGAUAAAUUGGAGAACCGAGCAGAUAGAAUGGACAGAUAUGAGGAUCACUUGAGGCUGAGGCGCAAACUUUUGUUUGAUUCCACAAGGGAAUGUCUUGAGUCACGAUGUCGUGAUAUGGUCAAUGGAACCUGUGAAGCAUGGUCUAAGUGGCAUGCAUUGUUCCUAAGAAAGCGCUGGUUAGCAGAGGAUAUCUACAGGGAAAUUUCGGGGCGGAAAACCAUUGGAGAUGUGAUGGUGGAUGAGCUUGUGAACCAGGACAUGAGCACUAGGCAGGGGAAGUGGGUCGAGUUCAAUGUUGAAGCAUUUGAAGAAGGUGUCGAGAUUGGAAAUAGGAUACUAACUACAUUGAUUGAUGAAUUGGUCACCGAUUUUGAUGCAACCAUCCAGAGAUAUUAAGUUAUACCGAGCAUCAAUUGACCUCAUUGUCUAGUUCUAUACCCAAAACCUGUGUAGGGGGGAAGGGGAAAAUUAGGAGGGAAGAUUCUACAGAAAUAAUUUCAUUAUGAGGAGAGAAGCUUCUUGAGGUUAAUGAUAUUGCCUUUGUCAUAUCAUGUGAAGAUGUCUUGUCUCAUUUCAAAAUUCACAAACGGCUUCUUGUACGCACAGUUCAUUCUGAUGCUGAGUAAAAUACUGUGUAGUCUACUUGUACC